GGCAUAUUAAUUAUAUAUAAACACGAGAGCGUGCAAUAUCGAAAACAACACAUAAUUUGGAUUUAUUAGUUACUACAGAAAAUGGGAAGAGCUCCAUGCUGUGAGAAAAUGGGGUUGAAGAAAGGGCCAUGGACUACAGAAGAAGAUCGAAUCCUCAUCAAUCACAUAAACACUUAUGGUCAUUCCAAUUGGCGUGCUCUUCCCAAACAAGCUGGAUUGCUACGGUGUGGAAAGAGUUGCAGAUUACGAUGGGCAAAUUAUCUGAAGCCGGAUAUCAAAAGAGGUAACUUCACCAAAGAAGAAGAGGAUGCAAUAAUCAAUUUGCAUCAAACGUUAGGAAACAGAUGGUCAACUAUUGCAGCAAGAUUACCCGGACGAACAGAUAACGAGAUAAAAAAUGUAUGGCACACCCAUUUGAAGAAAAGGCUGCCACAAAACCAACAUGAACACAACAACAGCACAAAACGAAACAAAAAACAAACCAAGUUGGACUUUCAUGUCGACGCCUCCAAAUCAGACCAAGACACCAAACAAGAACAACAUCAUGAGGAUGAUAGGCCACAAUGUUCUAGUGACAUGUCAUCACAUAAUAAUAGUAGCAUUGCUACUUCAAAUAAUGAUAAUGAUAUAUCUAUAAGUUACAAUAAUAUCAACAAUAAUAAUGAUGUUGUUGAUUCGGCAGAAAAUAAUUUUGCAUUGGAUGAUGAUUUUUGGUGUGAAGUUUUGUCAUCCGAUAAUUCUAGCAUUGAGACAAGUGGUGUUAUGGACAUUGGUGUUGAUAAUUAUCAAUUUCAAGCUCCAUUAGGAACUGAAGAAGGAGUUUUUGAUUCUAGUUCAUUGAGUUUAUGCCAAGAUAUGGACUUCUGGCAUGAUGUUUAUGCGAGAGCUGAGGAAAUAACGGAGUUACUAGAAUUAUGAUCAACUUGGUACUCCUAAACUGUAUGUAACUUGUAUGCUCAUUCAAUGGAAAGAAAAUCAUGUCUUUGAUUCAUUGUUUUGACAAAAAUAAUGUGAAAGCCUUCACAUUUGCCUACAUUUUCUGCAUCUAGGCAAUUUAGAAGAGUGUUUUUGUUAUGCAAAAAAUAAAAAUAAGUGUUUUUGUCUGGCUUACCCCCCAUAAAGAGUGUUUUUGUCCUUACCAUA